AAUUCCCGAGGCCCAAACCACCGCAAAUCCGUUCCACCACUUCUCACCUAAAACCUCUUUCUCUCCGAUGCUCUCAUUUUCUCUCUAUUCUCCUUCUCUCCCUUCUUUCAAACCAAAACCUCCGAAACCUCUCACCGGUAAAGUCUAUCUCUCCUCAUCGCCGAUCUUUUCAACUUUCCGAAGACCUUACGCCGUCUCCGCCACUGCAUCACCAGAAACUUCUGUAUCUUCGCUUUACGAAGUCCUCGGAAUCUCGAUCGAAGCCACAAACGAAGAGAUCAAGAUCGCGUACAGGAAACUAGCUCGAUCUUGCCAUCCUGACAUCACUGGUGACGCCGACGAAUUCAUGAGAGUCAACGCUGCUUAUUCUAUUCUCUCUGAUCCUGAUAAACGCGCUGAUUAUGAUAGGAAAUUGUAUCCGAUUGUAAGAAGGAAGGAAAGACGGUUUCCUGGUUUGUCGGCUUCUCCGACGUCGUCGUUCUGUCAGUUUCCGCGCCGGAAUUGGGAGACCGAUCAAUGCUGGUGAUUUUACUAUGAUUUUGUCGUUUUUAUCUUUGGUGGAUGGUAGAAGUUGUGUGGUGAGUUGAACUAACUGACAUUGUAAUUAAUUUAGAGAUGAAAUGAGUGGUUGAUACUUUGCCUUAAUUGAGUGGAUAUCUUGGAGAAUGUAAUUAUCAUAAAUAAAUAAAUAAAAUUAUGUGAUUAUUUUCUUCAAA